AUGGCGUACUCGGAACCGGUCCUGGUCCUUGUCGACAAGGACGGCCACUGGCAAAAUGACGUAGAAUGGGGGCACUGCUCCAUGUACUUAUAUUUUGGUCUCUAUGGAUUCGUCAAAAUCCUUGGGAGUACCUGUGUCCCUUCUGCAGCAAAAUUUGAACACGCUCUUGGUGCUUUGGCGUAUGCCGUGGAAGGGUUUCUUUUCUACUACCACACCCACGGUCGAAGCCCUCUCGAAAUCCACCUUCACAGCAUGCUCGUCUUCGCUAUCUUUGUGUGCUUUUUGACAGCAGCGGCGGAGGUCUGGUCCAGAGAAGAUACCUUAAUACGUCUCAUCCGGAUUCUUUUCACUCUAGUCCAGGGAACCUGGUUCUUUCACUUGGGUAUAGUGCUCUACAAACCUCCUUCAGGAGAACCUUGGGAUGGAGAGGACCAUCUCAACGUUAUGUUGACUACCGUCAUGUUCACAUGGCACAUCCUAAUCGGCAUGCUGGUUCUCUUUCUGGUCUACGGCAUCACCAAGCUGACGUUGAAGGCAUGUGGCUUCUCAUCAGUGAAGUACUCUCAGAUGAGCAAUGGUCGUUAUGAACUCGCGGAAACAGCUCAGAGUCUUGAUAGUUGA